UAUCGAAAUAAAAACCUUGCGAGUAAAAUCUUACGAAUAUUGAAAGCAUUCUUUAGGAUCGAAAUUGAAUAUAUUUUGUGUCUUCACGCGAUGUUAUUUUUGACUAACGCUGUUGUUUUUUCUGCUUAUAUUUGGUUAUUUUUGGAUUUGUGAUGGGAUAAAUACGUAGUUUUGGCGGUAAAGAUGCAACAAGGCGGAUGCAAUGUGCAGCGCGCAAGCUGCGCAUACCGUCCGAGUUGCGUACAAGAGCGACAUUCAAUUAUUGAAUAACUUUUUGUAAUAUUAUGCCGAAGCGUAGCUGUUAUCACUUCCGCCCCUUAUCAUUUGAGUAUUGUUUAUUGUAAGACAAUGUGCUUCAGUGCAGGAUUCUAUCACAGAAGGGAUUGCAUUUCAAGAAUGGGGCGCAGACUCCAUGUCAGUGGACAGCAACGAGGCGGGCGAAGGCGUGGAGGGCGUGGCGCUGUGGCCUCCAGCUCUACACUUCGGGCGCUCCGCCCUAGCAGAACCACAUACACAAUUGGUUACGUUAACGAAUAUGGCAAACACAACGUUGCAUCUCGCAUCUGUGGCGGGGACUACGCCAGACUUCCACGCAUCGUUCUUUGAUUCCAAGUCAAUACCACCUCAGGGCAAUACAAGUUUCAGCGUGGUGUAUCUGGGACGACGGGAGGGUCUCGUCACAGCUCACCUUUACAUUCAUACAUCGCUUGGAGUACACAAAUAUCCUGUGUCAGCGAUAGGCGUGGCCAGUGAAUAUGACGUUUGGCCACUUGUUGGAUUGCGUGUGCCUCACAAUGCAUCUGUCGAACCGGAGCUCACCUUAUAUAAUCCCACCGACAAAACUAUACAGGUGAGUGAAGUGUAUUCGUCUGGCGGAUGGCUAGGCCUUCGCCUCGCUAGUGGGGAGUCCCGAGCCCCUCGCGAUAUCUGGACCAUCCCUCCCAGGGAACGGCGGGCCCUCGUCCGAUUAAGGAUUUCUCCUACUCACAAACAGCCCUUGGCUGCGUAUGUGCGGAUCAAGGCGAACAUCCCGGGCGGUGGUUUAGUGGUGUGCGUGGAAGCCCGUAGUGCACCACCCGGAGAACACACGAGACCGCUGCAUUUGAGGCUUCGCCCGCGGGGCUCCAAGGACCCGGAGCAUUCGGUGUUCGUGGAAGCGGCGAACAGUGCAGCAUCUGGCGUGAGGCUAGACGCAGCUCUAGACGCGGCCAGCUGCUGGAGAACCGCCCCAGCACCUCCGCCGCCUUGUGCGCAUGCGCAUGUCGCUAAUGGUGGAGCAGACGUCCAUAGUGGAGCACAUUUGACGGUGCUCAAGUCACAUUUGGAGCCGUUUGAGGACUUCAGUCGAGUCGCAAAACUCACAUUUAACUAUGCAGAGCUUUGGGCGUUGUCCCGCCAGAAGGUGGAUGAGCAAAGCAACGGCGAGAGCAAAGAGGGCGUGGCCUGGUGCGGAGGCUGCGUGCGUCUGGGAAAGGCCUCCGUGCCCUACAGCCUCACGCUCUUGCCCGGGACGCUCGCCUUUCAACCGGAUACGCUCGAUAUAAUAACGUCUGAUGAGAAGUCAGCGUUCAAAGAGCGUGAGGUCUACGCCCACAAUCAGUUUGAGGCGCCGCUUCGCAUUACUGCGGUGCAUCUCCCUGACGAGGUGUUGCCAUUUUUCGAGGUUAAAGAAAACACGCCCUUGUUACUAAACCCGGGUGCGUUGGGCUCACUCCUCACGCUGCGUCUCCAUACGUUGCCAGAUACGAUUGACACGCGUAUAACAGUACACACGAAUCUCUCGCAGUACCAUAUACCGCUGCGGCUUUAUAAUGGCAGUUUUUCAUUUGAAUGGGAUUGGCCUAAUUCGGACGCAAAUUUGGAUUUGGGCGUGGUCGGGACGUCGACGACAUGGCGCGUAGGCCUGCGGCUGCGCAACCGCGCCUGCGUUGAACUUUGCGUCACCGGCCUAAGUGCAACGUUGCCGGGGGCCUCUGCCACGCUCACUAAUGCUGUGCCGCAAUGCGUCUCGCCCUACGGCUGGUCGAAAGCCUGGCUGCGUGUGGUAGCACCAGCCCGAGAAGGCGUGGUAGUGGGAUCCAUUCGUGCGCAAACAGCGUACGCGUUCACGCACGCGACGCUAACGUUACGAGCGCACAGCGGACGACUUGCGGCCAUAUCGCCGGUGUUGCCAGCUGCCGCACCUUACGCGGGUUCGGUGGCGCCACUUGUGGUAGACAGCACAAUGUCAGUUUGGAUGAAGGUGACAGGGGUGUCAUACGUCGACACACACACACAGGAGGCACUCAAAUUUGUCCCACUGGACAGUACAGAGGUGGGUCCAGGUCGACAUACAGUGGGGCACAUUCAUUAUGAACCCGAGAAACUGUGUGAACCCAAUUGCUAUACGGGACUGCCUCUGGACUCUUCGGCUGGUCUUUUGUGGCUGGAGCGAUCCAAGGGAAACAACUGGGCGGACACAAUCCGUGCGGACAUACACGCGUUGCAGACACGCCUGGAACAAUUUGGGAAUAGUUUGACGCAAACAAAUUACUCUAUAUAUCUACAUACGACACAGGUGAUUCAAACACCUAUCGACGUAAUGAUAGAACACACGUGGCCACGCCUUAUCGUAAGCAGUGGUGUGGUCGACCCCAAUGCGACAAGCUCCCUCAAAAAUGGGGAAAGUGGGGCAAAUGGUGCAAGUGAGGCUAAGGAGUUGGGGGGCGUGGGUCUGGUCCCUGUUGGGGGGCGUGGGCUUGUGUGGCUGCGCGUGCGCAAUCCUUCGAGUAAACCGAUUUUGGUACAGCCCGUCCUGGCCCCGACGGUGACUGACGGAUUGCCUAAAGAGGCGGGCGGUGAAUCGGGCUGGUGUAAAUCCACCUCCUGCGUCUGGUCGGACUCAUUCUCAAUAGAGGAGUGGAGGGGGGUGACGGGGGAGGCGAGGGCGUGGGAGGGGGACGUAGUGUGGCUCGAGCCGCGGGCGGAGGUAGACGUGCGUGUGAACUUUACGCCCAAGCAGGCUGCGAGUUUGACUACGUAUUUGUAUUUAAGAAAUAAUUUGACGAUAUUAGAAGGAGUACAAUUGAAUGGCGUUGGAGCGGUACCAAGCUUCGAUUUGGGCGGAAGACGACCUGGGCCAUCCUCAAUAUUUCAUUUUGAGGUGGAAGAGUGUGUGUCGAGCACACGUUCCGCGGUAGUCCGACGACGCAUAGUUGCUCGUAAUACUGGUAGAGUUUCCAUCCACCUACACGGGUGGGACAUUUCCCGCCAAGGGUGCCGCGGACGGGGCUUCCGCGUCUACCCCUGCGCCCCCUUAACCCUCGCCCCCAAUCAGACCGCCCCCAUACACCUCGCCUUCACCCCGGACUACACCCUCUCCCGCCAGUCCGCGAAGCUCCGGCUCCUUUCCGACCUAGGUCCGGUCGAGUACACCCUACUGGCCACCGUUCCCGUCAAACUCCUGACCCGCUGCGCCCCCACGUUCCCGAAACACCCAUGGGACGCCCCCAUCCGAAACUUCGUCAAUACUCUCACAUUUAUAAUACUCGCCGUUCUCCUAUUCACCGCCGUGUAUGACUCCGAGAGACUCUUACGCAGAGCGAGAUCCACCCGAGCGCCAUCUAUCCGUCCCCCCUUAGAUCUACGAGAAAUCGCGGCGACCACCACGGUCACCCAACCGCCGCCCCCCAGAGCGCCUCCGUCGAGGCGAAAGCGCCCCACGAGGAGAACGGACCCACGCGCAGAAAGAAUUGCCUUCGAAAGAUGGCGCACGGAAGUUCUGAGACGCACGGACGACGAUUCCUCCCGAUCCAGUGAGGAUCUGGAGGAGAAAGAGGACAAAGAGAAGAAAGAAGAGGUGGUCGAAAAGGAGCCAGAGAAACCAGAGGAGAUAGAGGCGUCCAGCGCGUCUGACGAGUCCACUCAGGUGGACGAGCACGACAACGAUGAAGCUUAUACGGCAGAUGCGGAGUUGGACGCGCGCGAUUCACCCGAAGAAACCAUAGUGGAGCCAAAAAUAAGCCCCAUUAGGACGCAAUCUCCCCCCAAGGUUCAAGUUACCCGACGCUCCCCUAACAAUCGCCGGGAGAGGCGAAACGACGAGACUGUCAGGAAGAACACUCGACCACAUGUGAGGAAGGAGAAACGCCGAGUGCAGAGGGCUGCGACCCCCCCGAGGUCCGUCACCGUGAAGGAGAACGUUGAACCGGGGGAGAUUGGGGAAAGCAGGGGCAAUGUCCGUUGGGGGGCUUCGUGGAGUUCGGUCGUCGCGGGACCCCCGCUCGCCCCCAUCGGCUCGGACGUCCGGAGGCGGGAGAAUAAUACAGACAACUCCCUGUUCUAUUAUAAUGGGGCACCGGAGCCGCCGAGGCCGGAGCCCGAGUUCCCCUGGAGGCCUGCGAUUGGAACACCUGAGAGGUUGCCAUUUACGCCGUCCACUUCCACUAGAGAUUUCCUUGACGAGACCCCAACAUACAACAAUAUUGGGUCCGUAUGGGGGGCAAACAAUGCUUGGUGUUGGGGUGGCGCCCCCAUGCGUCCGCCCCCCGGCUUCGCCCAACAGGCCCCUCGACCUUAUGACCCGUUCCGCUCUUUGGCUUCCAUCUGGGCCCCUGCCCCCCACGAUUGGCACAUCAAUCCCCCCAACGAUGAUGAGCAGAACAACUAAAUUAUCGUUUAUAGUCAGUUAUAUCUAAGUAACUUGAAACUAACUAAAAUGUUUAAACUAAACCUUUGCAUAAACUUAAAGGGUAAUCGCAUUAUUGAUUGUACCCUAAAAAUAAAUCGUGCCCCAAAUAUAAAGAAAAAAAUACUAAUAUUAGAAAUGAUAAAACCCCAUUCAACCCCAUUACACAGAUUAUGCAAAAAAAAAGUCCAAGCUGUCAAAACUUAUUUUGACGUUACUAAGAUAUUAACUGCUAUAUACGAUAUUACGGUUAUACGGCAAUGUAAGAUAAAUGUAAUUUUUAAGAUAAGUAAAAAGGAAACGCAACCACUUUUUAAAUUGCCAUUAUAAUCGUGUACUUGUAAAAUAUAGCUUUAUUUGUGGUUAAAUCCAGAGAAAAUUGAUCACUGGUUGGUCAUAGACAAUACGUCAACAGAUAGAUUACAGAACUGUAUGUCAAAAUUUGUUUAAGAAAGACAUUUUGGCAAACAAAGCAUCGUUAAGUCGAUCCAUUCCAGCUGUCAAAACUUGACAUUGACGUAUUCAAAAGCAUGAAGCUGUCAAGUUUCCGUAAGGUUUUAGUUUCAAGGAAAACGAAGAAAACAAGAGCAAGCUAUAUUUUACAAGGUAAGGUGACCUCGCUUUUACAAUGGACUCUGAUAUUAAAGUUUAUUAAAUGUUGUAACAGAAGAUGUGUUUGGUGAUGUCUAGUCAUGGUUUCACAUCACCGGGCCAUUAUCAAAUGUGAACAAACCGAUGUAAUGUCCGUUCUCGAAUGAAGUUUGACAAUUGACUAAUGGAAAUUGGCGGGAAAUUACGGAUUGGGAAAUAAAAACUCAUGUUUGAAAUAUUUUUACCGAUAAAUCGAAUUGUUAAACGUAUCUCGAAAUUUUACCGCGAAACUUAUUGACAGACAAGAUGGCGGAUUUUGAUCAGCUGUGUAUUUGUCAAGGUAAUGUAAGUUAUUAUUUUUAAAGACGCGAUUUAAUGACUCUCAGAGACAAUUAGUUUGUUAGGCACACGAUAGAUUUCAUUGGUAAGAAUCUUUAAACUUUGUUUUGCUUGUUAAAUAACACUUUUAAUCGGUCAGGUUGAAUAGUUAUUUUUACCGUCUGUUAUAAAUACCAUUCGCAAUUACUACGUGUCGUUUUCUUUAAGAUUCGUAACUUUCUAGUCUUUUAGAUAACUUCUUUCAAGAAACGGACAUAAAAAUACAGUAUGAAAUGACAAGUCAUGUGUAUUUUGUUCCAUAGAUACUGUUUUUGUAAUUGAACAAACUUAUUAUUACAGAUUGUAUGUUACAACUAAAAUAAACUUUGCUACAAAUGAA